AUGUCCAAAGUACCAGCACCACCCGAUGAAGACUCAACGCCUCACCCUCACCCUCACCCUCACCCUCGCCCGACCAUCCUCCUCCACAGCACAAACACGAAUACAAACGUCGCAGUGGCAGGCUACACCGAGAACAGGAACAACGCAGUAGAUAUCCACCAAGUCCCUCCUCGACGGAGGAGUCUCCUCCUCAGCGAUAGCGAGAUCAGCGUCCUGGAUCUCGGUCCUAGUCUUGAGUUUGAGGCGGAGGAGGGGCCGCUGCGUCUGCGCGAGGGGAAGCAUGGGCAGCGGGAUUGUCGAGGGGAAGAUGGGAAAUGGGGAAAGGGGGCGUCGUUGGCUGUGCCUGGGCGGCAGGGUUCGAUUGAUGAGAGUACUGGUGGUGGUGGUGGCGGUGUGGCUGUGAGGAUCAUUUCGUCGCCUUUGUUGUCGCCGUUGAGGACGACGAAGAAGGAGAAUAGUGGUAAGGUUCGGGGGCGGGAGUCGAAUGCGGAUAAGGGGGGUGAAGGGAAGAGGGUGGAAGGGGGGUGA